AUGAAAUCUUUAUCAGAUGAAUGGUGAAUCCAGGAAAUUGAUAGCGCUUAUAGAAGCCUAAAAGAAAUAGCUAGCUAUAUUAUCUUUAUUUCCUGGUGCUCGAGAACAUUGAAUUCGAUGUAUUCAUCAAGAAUUUUGGGAAUUUUUGAAACACUUAUGUUUGGCAUAUCAAUUUUUCUUUAUUUUCUGGCACAAAAAUUCGUCUUUUCACACAAAGGAAAAAUUAUCAUGGCUAUUGUAGUCGCAGAGUAUGCAAAUUUUUGAACAUGAACUAUAGUGCAUUUAAUUAAAAAAGAUUACAACCCCUUAGCGAUAAUUUUUUCCACAAUAUUUAUCAUUUUCAUUCAAACUCAAUAUGUCAGGUCCAGUAUUAUUGUCUUUGCCAUUGGAAUCAAGCAUAUUAUUCAAUGGUACGUGAUUCCGGCUUAUUUUGGACUUGCUGAAUAUUCGCAUGAUAUCCACACUUACAUUGGAAUUGGAGGAAUUUUACUAUUAAAUUAUUUAAAAACAAUGCGCAGCCGUAUGGUAAGGCUUGAAAGGUUUGAAUACAAAUCUAAACUAGAAGAAACCUUACUUAAUUAAAUUACUUAUAGAGAAGUUCCCUUCAGACCUGCAAGCCUCUACUCACUAUCGAAUAACGCUUAGCCGCUUCCUUGCCAGUUAGAUACAGCCUUCCGCUGUGUUGCUCCUUACGGACGAGGGCUUGAACUUGCUAUCCGGAGCUAGAGGCACUGGGUCACCAUGCCAUACUUCAACGGGCUUCUAUUUUUCCGAAAAAUCGAAUUUUAUAAUGAGCUCUCGACCAAAAUGGAAUCUGUCAACGCCUGUAUCGUGCUGGAGAUUUGCCCGUUUCAUCAAGUGACAACAUCUGGCCUUGGUGGACUUUCCUUUUCAACUCCGGUGAGUCAUCUUCCCACAAAGAAAAGCCUUGAUCUGGAUGCGAGCAUGAAAUCAACUAAAGCCGGCAUUGCGCUCCACCGAACCAAGUAAAACCUGACCGGAUACACAUUUCCAAACGCUGCACUCCUUUCCGCAAAGUCCCUGCUUUCCUAAUUAACCAAUCAACUGCAGGUAUUAAGAGGGCAGGCUAGCUCACCAGCCAUUUUAAUGUAUAUAAGCUAGAAGAAACCAAGCAGAAGUUCUUUGUUGUCUUGCAAAACUUUCCUGAUGGACUAAUUGUAAUUUCUAACAGCUCGCAGAUUGAACUCGUAAAUGAGAAAAUUCAAUCUAUGCUGAACUGCUCAAAAGAUUCACUCCUGAAUAUAAUAAACUCCCUUUGCUACUAUGAGCAAGAUACCAAUUCUACAUCAAAUCACCGCUUAAUUGAAGAUAUAGACAAUUGCGCAGAAUUUGAUAUGGACCAAGAAAUCACUCUUGGCAUUGUUUUAUUUAAUGAGAAAUUUCUUGAGUGGAGGGCGAAAAAAAUCCUUUGGGGUUCUGAUGAAGCCAUAAUAAUUACUGUUCAUAAUAUUGAUCACAUAAUGCACUCUCAGCAAGCAUUAACUCAGCGACGAUUUAAGAAUGCAGUGUUUCAUUCUUUAUCCCAUGAAUUGCGAACGCCAAUAAAUGCUAUUAUCUCAAUACUAGAUCAAGCUUUAAUCAAUGAUAUAAAUAAAGAUAAACUUGCUUUAGCUUAUGUUUCUUCUAAACUCCCCCCCUCUGUGAGUGAACAAAACCAUUAGAAAAAUCCCUAUUUUUUGCCCAAAAACCCACCUCCGUGAGGAACAAAUUUUUUUAUGGAAAAAAAAUUUGAUAUAUAUGUGAUAAAUAGUAUCAUGAAAAUCUCGAGCUAAUUCUGUUUAAUUUUAAAAAAAAUUGCGUUUUAAAACAUAAAUUUUGCAAAUUAAAUUAAUAUUUACCUUCCAAUUUUCGAGAAGUGAGUUUUUUUUAAAUUCCGAAAAAAAAAAAUUUCUAUAAAAUUUAUACAUAAAUUGUUUUAAAAAACAAAAAUUAGCCCCUCCAUGAGCGAACAAGAUUUUUUUGUUCGCUCACGGAGGGGGGAUUAAGCAGCUUUUAUCAUCUAUAAAUGAUAUGCUUGAUUUUUCAAGAAUUGUGAAUGGAACGUUUAAGUCUCUUUCUACAAAUUGCUCUGUAAGAAAAAUGAUUGAUGAAAUACAUCAGCUGAUUAAGAAGCAAGCUUUACAGAAAGGAAUUGAUAUAAGAACAAGAAUUGAUGAAAGCAUUCCAGAUUUCAUAAACUCAGAUUCAAAUCGAAUUUUUCAAAUACUGCUGAAUUUAUCAAUGAAUGCUCUAAAGUAAUUACUAACUUAGGUUUACGAAAAGAGGAUACAUAGAAAUAUGUGCCAUUCUGACAUUUGAAAAUAAACUAAAGUUCAUCAUAAGAGACACAGGAAUUGGGUUCUCAUAUGACAAAUUGAAAUGGAUAAGAGAGAUGCUGAUCAAUAUGAAAGUUACUGAUAUUGGCAAAGAAGGUCUUGGAUUAGGGCUAUAUAUAUCAAAUAUGAUAGUAAAACAGCUUGGUGGAAGCCAUAUAAGAAUCCAUUCAGAACUGGGGGUUUAUACUUCAUUUAGCUUUUCUAUUGAUAUAGGACUUGAAAAACCAGAAAUUUUUGAUGACUAUUCUCUAAAGGUUCCUUCGGAAAGAAAAUUCAAUAUAAUAAAUAGAUUGUCUCGCCCACGAAAACGAUCAUUAAAAAUCCAGAAAAAAGUACUGCUUGUGGAUGACAAUGAUUUGAACAGAGCAGUUGUCGGAACAGUUUUAGAUUCAGAACACAUUUCAUACAUGGAAGCAAGUGAUGGAAAAGAAGCUGUCAAUAAAAUCAUUGAGUAUGAUAAACUUGGAGGAUUUAAAGUGGUAAUAAUGGAUUGCAAUAUGCCUAUAAUGGAUGGCUGGGAAGCAACUAGCACUAUUAUACAAAUGCAUAAUGAUAAUGAAAUUUCUAAUUUGCCUGUAAUCAUUGGAUAUACAGCAUUUACUUCUGAUGAAGAUGUACAGCUUUGCUAUAGAUGUGGGAUGGUUGAAUAUAUUGCAAAGCCUGCAUCGACUGAUAUACUACUGAAAUCUAUUUUUCGAUAUUUAGAUGAAUAG